AUGUUCGAUCCAUCAUCAUUUACCCAGAAUAGUUGUACGAACAACAACGAAUGGACAACGUGGUUUGAUACAUCUGAUCCGAAUUUGUCGCAAGGUGAAUUCGAAGUAACCAAGCAUAUUCAACAACUAUUUCCAAGUUUCAUGUGUCCUGAUCCGAUUGCUAUCGAAGUUCGAACACUAUCUGAUGAUGAACCAGCAAAAACCGGUGACGUCUUUCGAUUUACCAAAACAGACGGUUUCUUGUGUUUGAAUCAACAGGUCGUCAAUUUUAAAACGAAACUGUGCGCUGAUUAUAAGGUUCGCUACUGUUGUCCCACAAAUAGCAUUGGACAACCUGUAACGCCGACAAUGCCACCAGUGGUUGCUACGACAAAACCGAUGACAGCUAACACCUGUGGUCGUCAGGCCAUUACUCCAUCAUCUCAACGAAUUGUUGGUGGUGUGGAAGCCGUUGCUCAUUCUUGGCCAUGGAUUGUUUCGUUGCAAUCAGGCGAUCAUUUCUGUGGUGGUACACUGAUUGAUAAUCGUCACGUACUUACGGCUGCACAUUGCAUAGACUCAACAAAUUUUCGAGUCAUUGCUGGUUUACAUCAACGAACUAAUGUCAACGGACCGCGCUCACAAAACCUCCGAGUGUCACGCAUCUUCAUCCAUGAACAAUACAAUUCAAUAACUGAAGCCCACGAUAUUGCAUUGAUUCGUCUUGCACAACCGGCACAAUUCAAUGACUAUGUCAAUGCAAUUUGUUUACCUGGACCUGAUCCUCAGGAAUCUCAACGCGUCACAGUGGCUGGCUGGGGUCUUCUAUCAUCAGGUGGAAACAGCGCCAACUCACUCCGUCAGGUCUCUGUCAAUGUGAUGAAUAAUCAAGCACAAAAAGCUUAUGGAAAUGUAUUCGAUGUACGACGACAGAUCGGUGCCGGUAUUCCGAACAUUGGCGGAAAGGAUAGCUGUCAAGGUGAUAGUGGUGGUCCAUUAAUGUACAAUGCAAAUAAUCAAUGGUAUCUUUCCGGUGUGGUCAGUUUCGGAGAGGGAUGUGCUUCCGCAAGUCAUCCGGGUAUUUACACUCGUACUAGUGCCUAUCUCAAUUGGAUUCGAAGUAAAAUUAAUACUGCUUGA